UAUACUUCGCCUUUUCGCCACUUUCUAAGAAAGAAAUUGUUACAGUGCAAUAUUUUUGUUAUAAAAAUAAUAUAAAAGCAUCCUAAAAGCUUAAAAAACAUAUUUUUUAAUAAUUUGAAACAUGUACUUUUUUGUGUGACAGCUAUUAAUUGCACCAAUUAUAAAACGUUGAAGUUUUAGUGAAAAAGGCUCUUAUUUGUAAGAAAUGUCGUGGCAACAACAUACAAAUGCAUCUCAACAAAAAUUUCAUCCCAAUUCUUCGACUGCUAAUAUGUCCGUUACGAACACUUCAUAUGCUUUAAAAUCAUCCACUGCCCCUGCUGCAAACAAUAAUCGAGCUCAAACAUAUGCUACUGGUGUUCCACAAUUGAAUGCAUUAAGUCAAGAAUAUGAACCAAAUCAUUUGUCCACUCCUCAGCAAGGGCAACCUUGGCAACAGCAGCAAAACUACUUAGCGCAAAAUAGAAACAUGCAACCAACUGCUGCACAGAAUUGGCAACAACAACAACAACCACAACAGCAACAACAACAACAGAUUGCUAAUUCAAAUUUAUAUUCACAAUAUACUAAUACAGCGAACAACUGGCAAACACAAAUGCAUGCAACGUCCCCGCAACAGCCAGUAUAUCAACCACAGCAGCAACAAAACUAUCAACAACAACAUCACAAUCAAUUUCAGCAUCAGCAACAGCAACAACAACAGGUUAAUUCAACUCCAACAUAUAAUCCUUCUACCAAUUAUUUUGAUCAACAACAAAGCUAUCAGCAACAGACUGCAUCCAAUUACAUUCAACAGUCUUUACCAACUCAGAAUAUUCAACAAACAACACAGCUGCACGCGGAACAACUACCACAACCACAACCACAACCACAACAACAACAAACUUCAACUACGAAUCAACAAUUAUUCGACAAUAAUAGUAAUACUAAUAGAAACGAUGGAUGGGGUGAUUGGGAUUGGAACGACAAUAGCAAUAGUAACCUCAACGACAAACAACCAUCUACACAGCAAAACAUUUUGCCUGUACUGAAUCAGCAGUCAGAGAAUCCACUGCAAAGUGUACCAAGCAGAAAUAUCAACGUAAUUGAAGAUAGCUUCAGUACACAAUCAAACGAUAAUUGGAAUUGGGGCACCACAGAUGAUAGUAACUUAAGUACAUCAGAACAACCAGUUACUGCCACUCAAACUGAACAUUUAAAAAUAGCACCUACACCACAACAAGUGCCAAUUGCAAGUGAAGUAAAACAAGAUAUGAAUACCUUUCAUGUGCCUAAACAACAAAAUACUGGAGAAUAUUCUAUUCCUUCUGAAAUAAAUACUAUUCAGUUAAAUCAUCAAACACAAUCAGCACAAAAUGAUUUCUCAGCCAAACCAACAACUUUGCCACUAGUGGAAACAAGGACUGAUAACAUAAACAUAACGUCUAAUGUUCAAACACAAAAUACUGCACCUACCGCAGGUGGUAACAUUCCAAAUUCAGUUUAUGUUUCACAAGCGAAACCUGUUUCAAGACCACCGCGGCAAUUUGCAUCACCACCCGAUGGUAAUACACCAGUUGAAGCACCAGAUAGUGCAUUGUUACCUCCACAUGGUUUCCAGAACGAUAGUUUUCAAAUGGAAAAUUCUCCAUCUCUCCCACAGUCUUUGGAUUCAACGAGUUUAGUUCAACCACAACCACAACCACAACCACAAUCGCAACCACCACCACCACCACUGGUUUCUACAUUACCAACAGCUAUCUCUCCACCAUCUGUAGCAGUAAGCUCUUCCACUUCAAAUCCUUUUAAACGCACUGGCAUUGCUCAGCAUCAUCGUGCUGGUUUUAUGCCAACUACAGAAACUAUUUCUACCAUGCCGCAAAGUAGCUUUAAUAUACCUCCACCUCCAGCUGAUUUUGCAAAUCCAGCUAUGGCUACUAUAAGUGGUGAAAAUUAUGGUAUUGACAAUUCUGAGGAUUUGCAUGAAAAUCAAGAAGUUAUUAUGCCAGUAUUGCCAUCUCAUACUAAUAUACAAUCUGUUAAUUUUCAAAGUACAGCAGUUCCAGUUCCAGUUCCAGUUUCAGUUCCAGUUUCAGUUCCACUACAUCAGUUACCAUUAUCAAAUAAUGAAAGAAAUCAGUACAUGCAAACAAGUCCAUUGUCUGAAAAUCCUGAUGAAGAGGUGAAUGUAGAAGGCGACAAUAACUUGCCACCACCUGGACUAUCUCGUUUAGUUUUAGGAGAACCUGAGUUAGAAACACCUCAGCGUAUGGUAACUGGUACUGAGGAACCAGUAGAUAACAUUACGAAUUUAAAUAUAGAAGAACGACAUGCAGAUGGACAAGACACUUCUGUCGAGCUGGUUAUGCCACCAACAAUGCUUAAUUCUAUACCUCGCAAUACGGGAAAUUCAGGAUUACCUGUUAAUACUGCCACAAAUAUUGGAAUAACAACCGAUCGCAAUUUGUAUUUAGUUCCUGGUGAAAGUAACGCUCAUGACGAUCAACGAGUUGUAACUGGUGUGGAGACUACAGAAACCAUUGUUAUAUCCAAUCCAACACAAGUAAUAAGUGAACAACGUGAAAUUGAAUUAGAUGGCGAAAACUUAGAUGACCAACAACCCUUAUUGAGUAACAACAGAGAUGAACCACCACUCGUAGGUGCUGCGUCUAAUGUUGAGUUGACAGUUUUAGCACCCACUGAACCCGCUGAUGCACAUCAUACAGUGAAAUCUAAGGAACAUUCUAAUGUAUCUACAGGAAAUGACGAUAGUGAUCUUAUGCAAGAACUUCAUCACAAUAGAUAUGCAACUAAAAAUCGUAAACGUAAUGAAAUUGAACGACGAAAUGAGAAACAGUACAAAGAAAAGAAAAGCUAUGAAAGCGAUGAGUCUGAAGAAUAUUCAAGUGAUCGCGAACGUAAUGAUCGUCGUCGUGGUUAUCGUGAAGGUAGUGUCCGUAGUGAUCGUGGCCGUAAUGAACGUUCUGAAAAAGAACGAAAUCGCCGCAGUAAACGUGAUGGUGGUGGCAGUAGUGACCACGAAAGAACGCGAGAUAAAUAUUAUCGCGAUGAUGGUAAGUCCGAUAGACGUAAGCAACGUUAUAAUAGAAAUGAAAGUGAUACAAAGUAUGAUGCUGAAGAAUCAAUGCGCCAUGAUGGUAAUUAUCGUAAAGAUGCUACACGUAGAAGUAUGAGAGAAAAUCGUGGUCCAGUUGAGGAACGUAGCGGCCGAAGUGAUCGUAGUGAUCGUGACUAUGACGAUUAUAAUCGACGGCAACGUGGUUCAAAACGUGGAGAAAAAACUGAUAUGGAACGAGACCGUCGCGGUUACACUGAUGAAAACAGAGAUCGAAGACAACGCCGUGAUAGAGACAGAGACAGAGAAAGAGAUCGAGAUUAUGAUUAUGACACAGUGGAACGGAGGAGACGAGAAAAGCAUCAUCAGCGGGGCGUAGAUCCACGUGAUUAUGAAGAAUAUCGUAAGCAAAGUUCACGUAAUGCACGUGGCAGUGAUUUAGAAAAAGAUCGUACUCGAGAUGUCGAUGCACGCUAUGAUUCACGACAUGGGGGAAUGUAUGGAUAUCAUCCGACUUCUGCAUAUGGUUAUGAUAGUUAUGCCUAUUAUUAUGAACAAAUGGCACGCAAUAAUCCUCAAGCUUAUGCUGAAUGGUAUAAAAAAUAUUAUGCCCAAGCUGCAGCCACAACUGCAACUGCUAUUCCGAAUAGCAAUGGUGAUUCCCUUAAUAGUACGGCAACUGUUGGAGGAACUGAUGGACGCGAGUCUGUACAUUCGGGACGUAGUUCAGCUCACAACGAGAAAAAUCGGUAUACACAAGCAUACAUAUCACAAGCAAAUGAAUAUCAUCGUCAUUUUCAUCAUCAUCAUCAGCAACAACAGCAAAAGGAAAUGGCGCGCAUCGAUAUGUCCCUUAAUUCAACCAUGCUGGAUGAAUCGAUAUCAUAUACUGGUCUCAGAAGCGCACAUUCAACAAGCAAUAUUUCGCAAAUCAGUUCCACAGCUCCCAUAUCAACUACUGGAUAUUAUAUUGGUCCAAAUCGCGCAUAUUUCACAAGAUCUGACUAUACGGAUUUAAGAUCGGCGAAUGUGUCGUUAGCACGAGCGGAACAGAUAGUUUCCGAACAGCAGCGAUUAACGCCAUUUAAAUUUCUAAAUGAGCAUGCGGUUGCAACAUUAGGAGCUGGUGUAUUGGUUACAGUGAAACCAAAAAUCACAUCGCAGGGCAAUGUGAGUCAUAUUGUUAAGUUACAGCGCCCGACCGUCAACGAUGCAUCGUUCCAAUUUUGUCAAAGUUUUCCUGGUCCACUGGUACGCGGCUUAACACAUAAGAAAACUAUAAUUGAAUUUUGUGAAGAGCAGAUACGUCUCAAACCAUACGAAAGCACAAUCUAUGCUAAGCAACUGAUGCCAAAUGCAGAAAAGUACAGAGCAUCAUACACAUUGAUGUGGAAUCUGUUAAUAUUGCUUGUGCGUCAAAAUGGCAUGGUAGUCGGCACGGAUAUAGCAGAACUGCUUUUAAAAAAUCAACAAUUAUUUCCCUAUGUAGUGAAUGCGUCCGAGUCUAAUUCUAUUGCCUCAAACUCUGUACCGCUAGCAAGUCGAUCUAAUAGCGCCACUUCUCAAGGAAGUGACAAUGAUGAAAAUGACAACAAACUAAGUGAUAUUGAAAUUGAACAAGACAAAGAUAUGAAAUCAGAGAGCAACUUACCAUCGAAAUCUGAGGUCGACUUAACAACUUUUUCAGCCGCUAAGUCGUCCGUCGCUUCUGAGACAGAAAUUACAAAUAAAUUUCGUAAUUACUUAUUAUAUGGAAAUGUUAAUGAAGCUCUAGACUGGGCAACCGAUAAUAAUCUUUGGGGUCAUGCGCUUUUCCUUGCUUCCAAAGUAGAUCGCCGAUCGCAUGCGAAUGUUAUGAUGAAAUUCGCUAAUAAACUUUCACUAAAUGAUCCUCUACAAACACUGUAUCAACUAAUGAGUGGACGUACUCCAUCCAGUGUUACUAGCGUACAAGAUGAGAAAUGGGGAGAUUGGAGGCCACAUCUAUCCAUGAUAUUAUCAAAUACUUCCCAAAAACCCGAAUUGGAUCGUAAAGCAAUUACCACACUGGGUGAUUCACUUUUUAAUCGUGGCGAUUUGUUUGCUGCACAUUUCUGCUAUUUAAUGGCUCAAGUAGGUUUUGGGCGUUAUCAAGAAAGUGCAUCACAGGAAACUACUUUGCAACAGACCUUACCAAAAUUGGUGCUUUUGGGUUCUUCACAUUAUAAAAAUUUCCACGAAUUCGCAACUAAUGAAGCUAUUGUAAUGACCGAAAUUUAUGAAUAUGCCUGCUCAUUAAAUGAUGAUAAAUUUUCUUUAGUUGAAUUUCAGCCUUAUAAAUAUCUGUUGGCUACGCGGAUGUUGGAUUAUGGUUUUCAUUUAAAGAGUCUUAUGUACAUGGAACAAAUAUCCUUGCAUAUUCAACGUGAUCCUAGCAAAUAUGAACCGACAUUUAUUAACAAAGUAUAUGAACUGGCUGAUCGCCUAAAAUACUACGAUCCAGUAUUGGACAAAACAAUUGACGAGCAACAGAAUACUGAUGACAAUUUAAACAAUGGUGUACCUAAUUUUGAAGAACAAAAAUGGCUACAAGAUUUGCGAACUAUUGCUGCUCAGUACAACGUUCCAACUAAUACAUUAGACACUGCAAAUGAUGGUCAAUAUAAUUAUCAAAAUCAAAUUGAUCAGCAAUUUGUUGAGAUAAACAAGCAAUUCAAUGAAUUGAAUUUGCAAUAUAGUAACAACAAUACCGAUGUGCCUAUGUAUCAAGCAGAUCAGAUACAACAACAACAACAACAGCAACAACACCAGCCUACUUUAUCUAACUUAGAUGCAAACGAGCAAUAUAAUUCGGGUGUUACUGAUUAUAUUAAUCAACAACAAUAUGCAGAAACACAUAAUAAAGUCGUACCAGAUAGUAGCACAUUACAACCUGCUGUGGAUCCAUACAAUACAAAUUAUUCAGCCCAAAUUCAACAAGAUUUUACGCAGCAACAACAACAAUUGCAACAACAACAAUUACAACAGCAACAACCAGAGCAAACCAACUUAUAUUAUGAUCCAACUCUUCAUCAGCAACAAUAUAACAAUGCAGAUGUACCGAUAGACGCUCAACAGAGUACCGGCAGUUAUGAUUAUUGGUCUACACAACAACAACAAAUUCAUGAUGAGUUUGCAAAAAGUAUAGUUCCUGAAAAUAAUCAUAAUAUUACAACGAGUUUGGGCACUAAUAUCACCAACAACGAAAAUAAUACCAAAAAGGUGUUAGUUAUAAAAUCAUUACCGACAAGAAAGAAAUUAAAUAUGGAAGCAAAGGAACAGCUAAAAAAUUUACAAAAAUAUAAAGCCCAACAAUAUCAAAGUAAACAUAUUGCUGCACACCUUAAAGGCAUGAGUACGAAUCUCAAUAGAAAUCAAUCGAACGCUUUAACUAAAUCAGCAGUUGCUAUGAAAUCAAACAACGCCAGGCUAACAGCAGCAACCCUUAAAGCUCAACAGCAAAAACGACGUACCGAUGUAGAAGAAGAUCAAACACCAACUCCUUUCCUAACCAAUAAUAGUGCACGACCUACGAUAUCGAUGCCAAAAUCUAAAUCUUAUGAUUCUGACGAUGAGAUUCUUAAAAAACAAAAACAGCAACAGCAGCAACAAGAUUUCAAGACUUCUAGUAACCAAGCAAAGAAUGCACAGCAACAACAACAAAAUAAAAAUGAAGGAAAUAAAACUACACAGCAAUCAAAUCAGAAUUCUGGUUGGUUUGGUGGUAUUUGGAAUAAGUUAUCAUUAAAACCUAAAAAUCAAAUGAUUUUGCCUGAUGAUAAGAAUCCAUCAAUUGUUUGGGAUCCAGAUAAGAAACGUUGGGUUAACACUGAUGGUGAUGAAAAUGGCGAAGAAAGUUUUAAACCGCCACCCAAAAUGAGUGAUAUAAUGCCACAGCAAAUGGGUGUACAACAGCCACAGCCACAGCCACAAUCACAAUUACAAUUACAUCAACAACCACAACCUCAACAACAAAUGCAGCCACAACCACAGCUACAACAACCACAACAACAACAACUAUUGCAACAACAGGACAUACAUCAGUAUAAUAGAUUGCCGACUCCUAUGCCAACUAAUGCAGCUGCUGCACCAAUUAAUUCUCCUAAUACUGGAGAAGCUCCACAUAAUUAUAGUGCAGCAGGUAUAGCUGCGGCAAGUACAACUACUACAGAUGUUGCAAAUGCUGCUCCAAAACCACCAAGUUUGCAAUCAAAUAUGUUUAAAAUGCAAAGAAAUCGAACUCUUAAAAACUCAUAUGUGGAUGUAUUUAAUCCUUCUGGUGCGCCUAUGUCAAAAGCUGCUGAAAAUGUAUUGGCACCAACUUUACCACCCGUUACUGUACCAGCUGGUGGCUAUUUUAUUCCAGGAGCUACACCAACUGCAAAUGAUGGUAGUUCAUAUCAGCAACAGGAGCAACAAGUUCCACAACAAGAUGUUCCACAAUUUUAUAAUCCUAAUCAAUAUGGCGCAGGUUAUUAAAGUGAUCAAUAGUGGAACGAGGGAGAAGUGCGAAGCCAUUUGCGAAAUUAGUUUAAUUAGCAAUUUCUAAAAGUCGACUAAAUAGGCUACUUAAAUUAAUAAUUAAUACAAUUUACGAAACGAAAUGCGGCGCGAAUUAGUUUAGAUUCUAAGAUACACGUAAAUUUAAUAUUCAACAUGUACCGGAAUAAACUCGUAUAUAACUAUUUUGAUUUUUUAUAACUAAAUAUUGAAUUUGUUAAAUAGUUUUAAUUCUUCUUAAAGACAAAACAACAGAUUAUCUAACUAAAAAAUUGUAUUAAUAAAAAAUGAUGAUAACGAAUAAUAUAAAC